AAAGUUACACUAAAAAUGGCUUCCCUGUCUUUGGAGUCCACAGAACAAACUGAAAAUAGCACGGAGGAGUCGACUCAACAGUCAGUCAAAUUCAAAGAGGAGACGGACCAGGACAAAGAAUCGGAAGAAUUGCUCCAAAACUUCCAGAAUUCUGCACUCAGUUUUUCGACCGACCAAGUAGCAUGUCUGUGCGAAGCUCUCCUGCAGGCGGGCAAUGUGGAUCGCCUGUGGAGAUUCCUCUCCACCAUCCCUCCUUCGGCCGACCUGCUACGUGGCAACGAAACUCUUCUGAAGGCCCAAGCUCUGGUCGCCUUUCACCGAGAGGAAUUCAAAGAAUUAUAUGCGAUACUAGAUAGUCACGACUUCCACCCGAGCAACCAUGGGUUCCUUCAGGACCUUUAUUUGCAAGCGCGUUACAAGGAGGCAGAGAGGUCUAGGGGUCGCAGCCUCGGUGCUGUGGACAAGUAUCGUCUUAGGAAAAAGUUUCCUCUGCCAAAAACAAUUUGGGACGGAGAGGAGACCGUGUAUUGCUUCAAAGAGAAAUCACGUAAUGCAUUGAAAGAGUGUUAUAAGAUGAACAGGUAUCCCACCCCUGACGAGAAGAAAAAAUUAGCUCAAGUCACAGGACUUUCUUUGACUCAAGUUAGCAACUGGUUCAAGAAUCGCCGACAGAGAGAUCGAACUCCGUCCGGUACCAACAGCAAAAGCGAGUCUGAUGGUAACCACAGCACUGAGGAUGAGGCUAGUAAAGGAGACUUGGAAGACAUCACUGACAAACCCAUCAACACGCAAGAAUCAUCCAGUUGCUCCACAGCCUCCCUGAUAUCUCUCGCCGGUGCCCCCUGUAGCACUGGAGGUCAGCUCAUUCUGAACAGCAGUGGUGGAUUUCUCACAACGCCUCACCCCCUUCUGCUCAAUGGGAGCCCCAUAUUAUCCAGGACAGGCACUGGGGUUAUCAUUAAUGGGCUAACACUAAGUGAUGGGCAUACGGUUACCCUCAGCCCUGUGACAGCUAACACCCCGCUUGUGCUCAGUGGAGCUCAGGUUAUUCCCAAAGCUAGUGAAAGCAUUAACACAAGUCUGGAAGACCAGGGAGUUACAGCUAUGGAGACCCAGGCCAACCUGCACACUGUGGUGCUUAACACACAAGCCAGCUCCAACACCACAGCUGCUCUCCCAUUGACAGAAGAGGCAAAAGCAUCCAACAGCAACUCCUCUGGCUCAACUCCACUUUCUUCACUGGAUUUCAUCAGUGUUCCUGAUGGUGUAAUCCUCAAAGAAGAAAAUGGAGCCCAGACAGUGUCCACGAACCCUGUGUCUGCUCCAUCUGUCCCCUCCUCAUCCAUCUCUUCCUCUGUUCCACUUCCCUCCUUGGUGUUGAACCAGAAUGGAGGCACAACACCAGUGACCCCACCUGGUAUGGCCAUCUCCAGCCCCAUGGUACCACUACAGCCUACGCAGCAGCCUGAAAUUGUGGUGUUUGCCACAGCUGGUUCUCAGCUGAGCCACACCAGCUCAAUCUGUCAAGUGGUCUCAUCCUCCAGUGCAUCCAGCCCUCAGGUCCUCUCCUUGCCUCAAGUAGUCCCGUCCAUCCAGGGCAUCCCGGUGUCCCAGCUUGUGCAGCACUCCUCAGGGGGUCAAGUAUCCUCUUGUCCCCAGCUUGUCCCAGUCUCCCCUAUAACUCCUCAGCUACCCCAGGGCUCUGUUACCCAGCUUCAGGCCCAGGCCCUGCAAAUUGCCCCCCGUCUGACCCAAGCCCAGACUCAGAACACCUCUACACUUAGUGACAGUGCCAUUUUGUCCGUUUCCCAAGUUCCCAAUGGACAGGUUCCACAAGGAUUGACAUUACAGCUCGGAGACCAGACCCCUGCCUCCUCCACCCCACAGAUCCAACCCACUAUGGGGACACACCUCAUUCCUGUCUCCUCCCCUACACAAGUAGUCCCUGUCUCCCAGCCUAAAGAAAGUCCCCAGUUAGUCCCUCUGUCCCUGCCUCAGCUUGUGCCAGUAUCUUCCAUUUCAGGAGGCUCUGCUGGAACCUUGUCCUUCCCACAGGUGGUUCCAGCUGCUCCCUCACUUUCCAUCCCCUCUCCAGGGGGUACAUUCCAGAUCCUCACCUCUGGGCCUAAUACAGGUGUAGGUGUGGCACAGGGACCUCUACGAAUUAGUCCACUGGGGCCCCUCCAGAAUGUGGGGCCGGCAGCAAAUGCUACCCCUGGGGUUCAACUUCUCAACUCUGGAGUCAUUCAGCUCCCCUCAGCAACACCAGGAAACUUCCUCUUGGCAGGAGGCAUAGGGGCCAGUCCCAUCCUGAGUGUGCAGCAGGGCAAACUCAUUCUGACCAUCCCAGCUGGCAUCCAGAUCACAAGUUUGCCUGUCAAGUCCGUCCCAGAAACUCCCACCCCAAGCAAUGGCAGUCUCGACCAAACUCCCAUCGUGCCUCCCUUAGAGAAUUCACCGGCUUCCUCUCCCACAGUCCCGGCCUCUGCUUCACUUCAGUCAUCUCCCCUGAGUUUUGUCAAUUCCUCUGCACUGUACUGCAGUCCUGAACCUGGGGCCCCCGCCAAUCCCACUCCAGGAGCGUCUCCAAACACCCCCGACUCCUCCAGCACUCCCACCCCAACAGGCGUGUUGCCGUCCCAGCAGACGCUCACUCCAGAGAGCAUGUUAUCACUCAGCCCCAUCUGCAGUGGGGUAGCCACUGCCCCACAGCUGCCCCAGCCAGCCUGGAGUCCUGUCCCUCUGUCUUCUUCCUCUAGUCUAACUCUGUUUGACGUACGAGGGAAAGGGGAUCUACCGGAGGACCCAGCUUUGCUGGGCCUCCCUGGUGGAGAGGCUCUUCUCCUGGGAACUCCUCCCCCUGGCGAGGACGUGGAGAGAGAGUCUCGAUUGGACGACGUUGAAGAAAUGGAUGGGGACCCAAAAAUCCUCACACAACUUCAGUCUGUCCCAGUAGAUGAUGAGUUGGGUUUGUAA